AUGAGUUAUCGAGGACGAGGUAGAGGAGGCGGAUACAACAAUAACAAUAAUAAUUACCAACACAAGAGUAAUUUUGGGAACCUGCAACAAAAUGUCGAUGCCUUUGUUGCAGCAAAUGCAUAUCCAAUUGAAAUUGUCGGAUGGAAUGGUGCUAGUCUGAGCGACUGCAUCAAUUUUAUUUCCAGAAAAUGCAGGAUCGUUGUUAGUAAUUAUAGUGUUGAUCACAACACAGGGGUUUUAAAAGGUUACGUUAAAAAUGAAUCACAAGCAAAUGAGCUCCUCAAUUGGUCUGGCGUGAAAUUUGCCGGCCAAUCCUUGAGGUUUUCCAAAGGUCUUUCGACUUUAUCGAAUCAGAUGGGUGGUGGUCCAGCAUCUGGAGCUGGAAGUACAAUUGAAACUAUAACCAACUUUUUGAAAGGGCGAUAUCAACCUGAAAUUAAAAUGUUAAAUUUAAAUGGGGUCAAGCAAGAUGCCACGCUCAAUGCUCAAGGCUUUUUCGCAUCAGUAUCUGUCACGUCCAAAUUUUUUCCAGCAUUGAUGAAAAUUGCCAGCGAUUUGAAAAUUGAUGUUGAAAGUGUUGAUUUAUCUAAUAAUGAGCUCAGUGACUUGCAAGCUGUCACAUCAAUGACACAGUCGUUUCCAAAAUUGAAAAAUCUAUCUCUUCAAAACAACAAUUUGGCCAAAACAAAAGUAUUUGAAACGUGGAAGCAUAAACUCAAUUUCUUGAGAGAGUUGAUUUUAUUCAAUAAUCCUAUUGUCCAAACCACCAAUCCUGCUGAAAUACAAGAAAUUAAGUUGGAAUUGAUGAGAUGCUUCCCAAGGUUAGUUGUAUUGAAUGGUGAAGUGUUGAGGAAUGAACAAGCAUUGGAGGCCAAUUCUACAUCGCCAUUUGGUUGUCAAGCAAUGUUUUUCCAAGAUGAAGACAUCAAAAAUGUAGCAACGAAUUUUGUCGCUAAUUAUUUGAACUUGUGGGAUACAAAUAGAGGCAACUUGAUGGUACUUUAUCAAAAUGAGUCUCAAUUUUCAAUGCAAUUAGAUACGUCGCAUCCUCAUUUGAUUGAAGAUGCGAACACUAGUUCAAACAUUGACUUUGGUAAUUAUAUGCCCUACUCAAGGAAUCUUACACGGAUUUCUUCUGGUAAGGCUAGAAUGAGUAAGGUUGCUAUUGGUACGGAGCAAAUCUUUAAGAGCUUUCAGCAACUACCCAAGACCAAGCAUAACUUAGUUGAGAACCCUAACUCGUUUAGUAUGGAAUGUUACAAGUAUGUUCCCCUCAAUGGAAUAGUCAUCACUGUACAUGGAUCAUUUGAAGAAGUUGCACAGCCUGAAAUAGCGGAUACCAGUGCUUCGCAAGGCUCUCGUGGUGGGAGAUUUCACUCGCAAAGUCGGCACAAGAAACCAAACUUGAGCAAAAAAAGUUUUGAUAGAACAUUCAUAGUGUUGCCAGGCCCAAACGGGAGUAUGGUAGUGGCCAGUGAUCUCUUGCUUAUUCGACCAUUUACUAGCGAGAUUCCAUGGUUGAAUCAAGCCGCAUCAGUUCAAACUUCAUCGCAACCACCAUCAACUGCGACGAGCGUUCCGGGCCAACAACCACUCAACGGAUUACCAGGACCUAAUGCCCAAGCAACACCUGCACCAUCUGCGUCCAUCCCACCAGUUGUAGAGCUACCGCCAGAAAUCAAAUCCAAUCUUCAAUUGCCACAACAAGAAUUGUUGGUGAAGAUUAUAGUGGAAACAAAACUCAACUUACAAUAUGCAAUAAUGCUUUGCGAACAAAGUCAAUGGGAUUACAACCAAAGUAUGGUUAAUUUCAAAAACUCCGCUUCAUCAUUGCCUCGAGAUGCAUUUAUAUAG